UCUUCCUCUCUCGGCUCGCUAGCGUCUUCCUAAACCUGGCAAUUGGCUUGUACCCCGAGCGACACCGAACCUUACUCCGAGAAAAGGCUGCAAUUGGCUCGUAUUAGAUCAUUAUAAUAGGCGACAGACAAUACAUACCAGUGGCUGCCGAUUGUAAACAUAGGGGAAAUGGGUUUAAUGAGAGAAGGGAGGGACUAAGGCAGGCUCGUCGUUUUAUUGAAUAGGAGAAGCGCUGACUGUAUUAAAGACCUCUGCUUGUGUUAGUACUUGGUUGUGUUCGUUUUUCUGUUCAGGUACUUUGGUUGCUGCUUAAAAAUAAUACAAAAAUAAUAAUACCAGUUUCGAAGUCGUCGGCAAUUCUCAGAUAUCCCUGAAGUGUAAGAGUACUGGCAGUCAACAGGACUGGAGAGCUGUGAGUUUGAUCAGGACCUGAAUUUAAGACAGCAACCACACAUCCCAGGACCUAUCAUGGAUGACUUUGAGCGCCGCAGAGAACUGAGGAGGCAAAAGCGUGAAGAGAUGAGGCUCGAAGCUGAAAGGCUGGCGUUCCAGAGGACUGAUGAGGAUGACGAGGAAGCUGCCCGCGAGCGUCGGCGGAGAGCCCGUCAGGAACGCCUGCGCAACAAGGAGGAGGGGGAGGAGACGAGCAUCAUGAGCAGCGACAAGGUGGAGAUCAACAACCAGAACAGUGUGGCAGAGGAAGAGCAGCAGAGAGCUCCUAUGGGCCCCCCUCCCCCCCAAAUCGAAGACGACUCUGCUCUCCAGGACAAGCUGGACAAGCGUGAGGAGCGGCGCCAGAAGAGACUGCAGGAGGCGCUAGAGAGGCAGAAAGAGUUUGACCCCACCAUCAGCCUCCCCAAGGAGAACAACCGGGAGAAGGAGGAGGAGGAGGAGAGGGGCCGAUACCAGCAAGAGGAGGAGAAAACCAACCAGCGCAACGCCUGGAGGGACAAAGAGGAGGAAGAGAAGGUAGAGCCAGCCCAGGAAGAGGAGGAGGAGGAGGAGGAGGAGGAGCAAGAGGAACCGCAAGAGGAACCGCAAGAGGAACCAGUGGAGGAGGAGAAGCAGGAGGAGGUGAUAAUAGAGAAACCAAGGCGAUCUUACAUGACUCCGGAGGACGUCAUCGAGGAGAAGCCAAAACAAUUUUCCAGGAGAGAUGAGGAAGUGAUUGAGGAAAAACCGAAGCGGUCAUACGAGAGAGCGGAGGAAGUGGUCGAAGAAAAGCCAAGAAGAUCUUACAAGGAAGAAGAGAUUCGUGUAGAGAGGACAAACAGGGAGGCUGAGGUGAUCAAAACCCCAGAGCCCAAGCAUCAGAAUGGGGGAGACUUCCAUGAAGACACCACUGACAGGCAGAAGAAACCCGAGCAGAGCCUCAGCCGUGGAGGCCUGCGCUCCAACGCGGAUCCCGUGGACUCGGAGCAGGACUCGGACGCGGCGCGCCAGGAGGCGGAGCGCAAGCUGGAGGAGCUGCGUCGGCGGCGGGACGAGGUGGAGAGCGAGGAGUUCCACAGGAUGAGGCUGAAGCAGCAGGAAGCAGAGCAGGAGCUGGAGGAGCUGAAGAGAAAGAGGGAGGAGAGGAGGAAGGUGCUGGAGGAGGAGGAGCAGCUCCGGAAGCAGGAGGAAUCCAACAAGAAAGCCAGGGAGGAGGAGGAGAAGAGGAGGAUGAAGGAGGAGAUUGAGAGGAGACGGGCAGAGGCAGCUGAGAAGAGACAGAAAAUUACCGAGGAGGUUUCCCCUGACGGGGAGGGCAAGAAGCCGUUCAAAUGUGUCAGCCCCCGGGGGUCUUCACUGAAGUGGCGCGAGAGGGCAGAGUUUUUGAACAAAUCAGCCCAGAAAAGCAGUGUUAAGAGCUCGCACCCGACUCUCCAGGUCUCCAAGAUUGACAACAAGCUGGAGCUGUACACCUCUGCUGUGCAGACCAACAAGGAGAUCAAGCCCCCCAAGCCGGGUGCGUCCGACCUGUCUGUGGUGGGGGACGGGGUCCGCAACAUCAAGAGCAUGUGGGAGAAAGGGAACGUCUUCAACUCCCCCGGGAGCCCUGGAGCCCCCAACAAGGAGACAGCUGGCCUGAAGGUCGGGGUGGCCAGUCGCAUUAAUGAUUGGCUGAACAAGACUCCGGAGAGCAAAAUGGCAGGAGGCAAGCCAGCGGAUCUGAAACCUGGAGAUGUAACCAAUAAGCGCAGCCUAUGGGAAAACAAAGCUUCCUCCCCAGAUAAAUCAACCACCCCUGCCAAGGUAACAGCUGGAGGGAGGAACAAGUCAGUUACCAACGGAACGGGACACCAACCCUAAGAUGCUUGAGGAGAAUGGAAGAAACAUACGUCAAAGCGCUUGACUGUCCUUUUUUUUCUAUUUAUACUUUAAUACCAAAAAAAAAGAAAGAUUUUGCAAUAGCCCAGGAAAAAAGAACACAAAAAGAUAUUAGCACAAAAAGGCCACAGUUUUAUACAGUCAUGUUUAAAGUAUACAGCCUUUGCACAAGAAACUUUUUACUUAAUUUAGAAAAAUAUGCUGUGAAAUGUAAAACGUUUAUAGCGAUAUAAAAUCUUUUUUUUUAUUGUUUGUAUUUUAUUUCAUUUUAUGAACUGCAGAAAGGAAAAACGUGCGACGUGCUUUUCCGUUUGUGUGACUGCAGAGACACGUUUGGAUGCUGAUCCGAUUCCCUGUUGAAAACGGAGAUUGUUCAUUGUUCCUUUCUGCAGUUGAGAAUAACAUCCUCCUUUUUCACUUUUAAUAUAGCAAGUUUAUCUUUCUAGCAAAUUAAAAUGCCGCAAUUGGAAUAUUGUAAGCCGAUCGUGGUACUGAUUACAGUGGUAAAGCUUAGAGGACGUUAUAAGAGGUGGUUAGUGGUUUCAACAUCCGUGCACACAUUGCUUUAAGAGUUUUAGUUUAUACAGCACUUUUUAUUGGCAGUAGAACGCUCCAAUAUAUGUAAUGACAUAUAUCUAGUAAUAAACAUUUACAUUAUA